AUGGCGACCGAAACCGAUACUCUCUCAUUCUCGUUACCUACGAGCACCGCUCCCACCGACGUUUCUGAAUCCACAUGCAUGCCUCACUCGACUCCCUUUUACCAAGCCUCGGAAUGCCCGCAACAGACCAAGCAGGCCGAGUGGGAUACGAGAAUACCACCACUGCAACCGACCGCACAAUCACAAGAUUCUGUAUCAGGAAGUGGAUGUUUCAACGACGGAGGUCUUUUAUAUAGAGUUCAGGCUGAGCGCGAGUGUCGAGAGGGACCUGGCAAAACCGUUGAAGAGGCCUGCCAACGCUCUCUGAACCACUUCCCAUGCCCCGGACUUGCCUUUCCGAUGCCAGCCCUCGAUUUUGACUUUCGAAUCGCUGUUCGUUUAAAUCAAGAGGCUGUCCAUGUCGACUCGGGCAACACCAAGGAGAUCACUACCGUAGCAGCCGGAGUAUGGUCCGGAUCUUUUGGCCACGGCCGCGUCAUUGCAGGCGGAUAUGAUCUUGGCCAGGCACGUGGCUUUAGGCCCAUGAGGCUUGUUGAGGGCGCCUUUGUCGUCCAAACAAGUGAUGAACAGCCUGCACUUCUUGAAAUGCGCACUCGCGGUUCUCUCUCAGGACCUGCAGAUGUUCUCGAUACUCUAUUAAGCCCUCGGGCCCCCAAGGACAUUGACCCACGACGAUACGGAUUCCGCAUGUUCGCGACGUUCAAAACAUCCGACAAGCGUUACGCCGAAAUCGUCAACUGUGGAUUAUGGGUGGCCAGUGGUGCCUGGCGUGGCGAGCACUUGGUUAUCGAGUAAGUCCCUUUCUUGAGUCAUAGUCCCCAUCUUACAAGGGCGUGCCUAAUCACAAGACGCAGUGCCUACCGUGUUACAUAAAAAAUCUCAAUCACCAGCAAGCGAAAGAUCCGAAUGACUUGACUUGACAGAAACGACAUUUUUAGCAUUGCAUAAGGGAUCCUGACUGGAUAGCGGAUCCCUCGGCGCACCACAGGAGUUGGUCUUUAACAGCCGAGUCAAUUUUUGACCCGGUUAGCAAAU